AUGGAAGGGGCAAAACCCACUUCCGUAUCAUUAUAUUACCAAGAAUCUUGCAAUAUAACCGCAAAUAAGGAUUCAUCUGAUAUCGCAUUAAUACGGCCCCAAUCACUAGCAACAGCCGUAUCAUAUGAAGAAACAAAAUUAGCCACCACAGGGCAUUCAAUUCGCUCUUAUCCUGUUAGUCAUUAUAGUCAAAAACCCCUAGUAGAACCUGAAAAGGAAAUCAAGGAUUUGCCCGUGACCGGUAACUUUGGCACGACUGUGAAAGGCCACAUAUCCACACCAGCCUUCAAUAAACAACUUUACAGCUAUGAAAAACGAAACAUGCACGACCAUGUGGAUGAAAUUAAAGAGGCCAGGAAUAAGAAGGGCAAGAAGAGGGAUCCGAAGGGCGAUCCAACUAGUAUGGACUACCAAGGUCCUUGGGCCAAAUUCCACAUUGAACAUCUAGAAUUUCAACCUCCUCCAGUUACAGACAGGAAAAUUGAAAUUAAGGAAAAUGAAUCAAAUACAAAUGUCGCCCAAUUAUCUUCACUAGGUGGAUUUCCGCAUACAUUUCCUAGUGAUGCUGAAGCUCUUUGCGAAGUGAAUGGCAAGCAAACCAAGUUUAGAAAUCGUGUGGUGUCAACUUUGCACUGCAAAAUCUCUGAUCAUAAGGGAAAAUCAUGGAAUUCUGGACCGCCUGGGCUAAAGUUGAGGGAUGAAAGCAUUUACAGAGCUUCAAUGCCAAAAAACGAAAUUUUCACUUACAAUGGACACACAAUGGGCGUACAAUGUAUUAGAUUCCAUCCACUAACUGGACAUUUAUUGUUAUCUGGAGCUUUGGAUGGGUACCUUAAAAUAUGGGACGUAUUUAAUGCUAGAAGCUGUCUAAGAACUUUUAAGGGGCACGGGAAGGGGAUAAGACAAGCAGAAUUUAAUUGCAUGGGAGACAAGUUCUUCAGUUGCAGUUUCGAUGAGAAUACAAUAAUGUGGGAUGUUGAAUAUGGUAAAAUUUGUGGUGUUUAUAUAACCGGAAAUAUCCCAUAUUGCGUUACUCCUCAUCCUAAAGAUCCAAACAUAUUUCUUGUCGGCGGAUCUAACAAAAAAGUCAUCCAAUAUGAUGCAAGGACUGGAAAGAUUGAAGUGGAAUAUGCGGAACACUUAGGGACGGUAAACACAAUUUCAUUCUUCGAAAAUGACCGCAAAUUAAUCACUAGUGGAGAUGAUAAAAAGAUAUUGUUAUGGGAAUUUGGCCUACCUGUUGUGAUCAAACACAUAAAUGAUCCAGCAUUACACUCUAUUCCUGCAGCUGCAAAGCACCCUAAAACGGAUUUCAUCUUGUUGCAGUCAAUGGAUAACCAACUUUUAACCUUUGAUGUUGAUUCAUUUAGCUUGAGUAGGAAAACUUUCCGGGGGCAUGUGAGCAAGGGAUAUGCAAUAAAACCUACAACAUCACCUGAUGGAAAAUUUGUCGUUAGCGGCGACUCCAGGGGGCAUACUUACAUUUGGGAUUGGGAAUCUACAAAAUGUCUUACUACAUUAAAAGGACACUCUACUGUUGUGAUUGACGUUGCUUGGCAUCCGACUAUGCCUGCAAGACUAGCCACUGCUUCAUGGGAUUCUACAAUCAAGAUUUACGACUAA